AGAAAAUAAUCCGGUUCAACCUAGUUGUUUAUCUCCCUAAUACGCAGCGUUUCGACGUCCGAUUGAAGAGUAACUAACGCCGAACAAAGAAGAAAAAACACAACCCCUAAUUUUGGUCUCUCAACUCUUCCUCCUUCUUCAACUUCUAAAAAGCUUUAGCAAACUCCUUCAGCCAUGGCGCACGGAGGCUAUGCCAAGAGAAGGGAUUCGGAACCAAAACAGACGGCGGGAAGCAGUCGGAGGUCGAAAGUAUUGCGUGUAGAGAAGAAACCUAAGACUGUCUCCAUCAAGAAUCAGAUGCGUUCUGUUGAACGCUUUCUUCGUAAAGAUUUGCCUCCUGAAGUAAGAGAGUCUCUAGUAGAGAAGUUGGAAGAUUUGAAGAAGCAGCAAGACGCUCAUGCCCGUCUUGCUGUUGAACGUAAAAUAUUCUUUAGGAACAGAAAGAUUAAGUUCUUUGAGCGGAGAAAGAUCGAAAGAAGCAUUAGACGUCUUGAGAAGUUACAACGUACUUCAUCUGCUCAUGUGGGAGAUGUAGAUAUAGCUGAGCAACUCAGUAAACUCAAAGAAGAUCUUGAAUAUGUUCGGUUCUUCCCGAAAAAUGAGAAAUAUGUAUCACUUUUUACUGGAGCUGAGGAUUCAGAAGUAAUUGAGAAGAGAGGUAAAAUGCGGCAGCAGAUCAAAGCCAAUAUUAUUGUUGCUGCUGCUAGUGGGAAGGAGUUAGAAGAGACGGGGAGUGAAGAUGAUGGUCUUCUGGACCUUAGUGAUGAUGAUUUCUUUGAUAAAGGGAGUUCAAGCGAUGAAGCAGACGCAGAUGAUGAAUUGACUGAUAAAAGCGCAAAGGAGGCUGCUUCUAGUGCUUCUGGUAGAGCAACUUCUGGCAUGUCUAGUGAUGAACGGAAUCAGAAGCAAAACUCUGAUAGAGCUUUAAUGCCACCACCACAAGCAAGGUUUGAAUCAAAUUCUAGGAAGAAUUUAUAUGUACAGAGGAAUGAGAUGCCAUCAUCCUCGAGAAACAACACUUCAAACAGAAGAAGUGAGUCUUCAUAUAAUGCAAGGGCUUCUGCGGCGAAUUCAUAUAGCAGUCAGAGUAGCAACUUGAGCUCCAAUUCUGAUGCUCAUAAACCCAAAAGGAAGAGAAGGCCUAAGAAGAAGAAGCAACAGUGAUCGGAUACUCGGCUUCUCCAAACACUACACACUCUUCAUCAGUUCCAAUUACUCUACUGGGAUCUAAUGCAGAUAUAUGAAAUUUAUAUAGAUUUUUGUUGUGGUCAUGGAAUUCAGAGAGAUAUGUGUUUGUUGUUUUUAGCUUUUGAAAUGAAACUCUAAAGUUUUUGGGUAUAAACUCCCAUUUGAGUCUUUCAUGGAGCUUUUUUACCAGCACAAUUGACCAUUGAUAAUUUUUUUCCCUUGAAUCAGUUUUUUCAGUUAAGAUACUUGUCUUUUUUAGAUUGUCCGAAUUAAAUAGUUUUUGAGGAAAACAAAUAAGUGAAGAAAUGAUAAUUUUUGC